AUACAAACAAGAUGCGAAGAUCUACUUGUCCGGUAUUCCAUCACCGUUGAGCAACGAAAUGUAAUUGAACUGCUGACUAGGAGGCAAGCUAGCUGCAAGCAGUGGAACAAGGCAAGAGAGGGUAAAGUUACUGCCAGUAAAGUUUACGACGUGUCAAAAAUCAACCUGAGUAAUCCUUCGAAAUCCCUAUUACAACAAGUGGCGUACCCAACGGAUUGUGCGUUCCGCUCAAAAGCCACAGACUGGGGGAUAAUGCACAAAGGGGCAGCAAUAAGGAGAUUCAAACAAUAUAUGAAAGAGGCAAACCUACAUACCAACUUUGAGAUACAUGGCGCUGGCUUGUAUGUUUGUCCUUCACAUGGAUAUUUGGCGGCAACCCCUGAUAGAAUUUUCAAAUGCGCUUGUCACGAAGAUGCUGUGAUGGAAAUGAAAUGUCCCUAUUCUCACAGGAAUAAUACUUUAGGCGAAGCUGCUACUUCCGAUACAAAGUUCUGUCUGACCGUAGACGAAGAUGGAAUAUUACAACUAAAACGAUGUCAUCCCUACUUCUAUCAGGUUCAGCUACAGAUGUUGGUUUGUGAACUCAAGCGAUGUUUCUUUUGCAUUUAUACGUUGAAAGACUUUGGUUGCUUCUUGAUUAAUUUCCAAGAAGAAUUUGUUUAUGAAACACUUGUAUCAAAAUCAAAAUUUUAUAUUCUACAGGUUGUAUUACCUCUUAAAAGCAAAUAGUUCCUUUCCUAGCAAACCUUGCUAAAAUAUCUAAUAAUGCUGUAAACUAGUGUUAUUGAUGUCAACAGAAAUAUAAUUGAACUUCAACCACAAACCUCUAGCCUGGCUACGUAUAUAUCUUCUCUGACACCUGUUUGCUGAAAGCUGUUCGUUGUUUUCUAAUAACAAAGUUGGUGCCCAAUCUGGAUUAGAUAUAUCACGUUCAUAACUAGGUUUGCCUA